AUGAAUUGGGCAAAUGAGAGCAUUCCACGGGAGUUCAUUCUGUUAGGUUUCUCAGAUCAACCAUGGCUGGAGUUUCCACUCUUUAUAGUGUUCUUGAUUUCUUACAUUGUGACCAUCUUUGGCAAUCUGACAAUUAUUCUAGUUUCACGCCUGGACUCCAAACUCCAUACCCCCAUGUAUUUCUUUCUUACCAAUCUGUCAUUUCUAGAUGUUUGCUAUACUACAAGUACAGUUCCACAAAUGCUGGUAAAUUUAUGCAGCACCAGGAAGAUAAUUAGUUACGGUGGCUGUGUGGCCCAGCUUUUUAUGUUUCUGGCCUUGGGGGCUACUGAGUGUGUUCUGCUGGCAGUCAUGUCCUUUGAUAGGUUUGUAGCUGUUUGCCGGCCUCUCCAUUACUCAGUAAUCAUGCACCAAAGGCUUUGCUUCCAGUUGGCAGCUGCAUCCUGGAUUACUGGUUUCGGUAACUCAGUGUGGUUGUCUACCUUGACUCUCCAGCUGCCACUCUGUGGCCCUUAUGUAAUAGAUCACUUUCUCUGUGAAGUCCCUGCACUGCUCAAGUUGUCCUGUGUUGAUACAACAGCAAAUGAGGCUGAACUAUUCUUCGUUAGCGUGCUCUUCCAUCUAUUACCCCUGACACUCAUCCUUAUAUCAUAUGCUUUUAUUGCUCAAGCAGUCUUGAGAAUCCAAUCUCCUGAAGGUCAACAAAAAGCAUUUGGGACAUGUGGCUCCCAUCUAAUUGUGGUGUCACUUUUUUAUGGUACAGCUAUCUCCAUGUACCUGCAAACACCUUCACACAACUCCAAAGACCGGGGAAAGAUGGUUUCCCUCUUCUAUGGCAUCAUUGCACCCAUGCUGAACCCCCUUAUAUAUACACUUAGGAACAAAGAGGUAAAGGAGGCCUUUAAAAGGUUGGUUGCAAGAGUCUUAAACAAGAAAUAA